AUGGCUCAUCGCUGGCUGAUUCUUGCUCUCGUUGCGGCAGCGGCGCCGCGUGCCCUGGCUUCGCCAGGGCCCAGUCUCAACGAGCGCCAGUCCGAUGAUGAACCAUUUUCUCCGCCAUACUACCCAGCCCCGAACGGCGGCUGGGUGUCGACCUGGGCGGAGGCAUACGAGAAAGCGCACAGUAUCGUGAGCAACCUGACCCUGGCCGAGAAGGUGAACCUCACCACCGGCACUGGGAUAUUCAUGGGCCCCUGCGCGGGCCAGACCGGCAGCGUCCCGCGACUCGGCAUCCCGAAUUUAUGUCUUCACGACUCUCCGUUGGGCGUGCGCAAUACCGACCACAACACUGCUUUCCCUCCAGGAAUCACGGUCGGUGCUACGUUUGACAAGAGCCUCAUGUACGAGCGUGGUGUUGGACUUGGAGAGGAAGCACGUGGAAAAGGCGUCAAUGUGCUACUUGGCCCUUCUGUCGGGCCGUUAGGGCGCAAGCCCCGGGGUGGCCGCAACUGGGAAGGAUUCGGGUUUGAUCCGGUUUUGCAAGGCAUUGGAGGCGCUGAGACGAUUAAGGGAAUGCAAAGUACGGGCCUCAUUGCUUGCAUCAAGCAUUUCGUAGGGAAUGAGCAGGAGAUGCAUCGAAUGAGUAGUGUCGUCACACAAGGCUACUCGUCCAACAUCGAUGACAGAACGCUUCACGAGCUCUACAUUUGGCCGUUCGCUGAGGGUGUUCGGGCCGAAGUCGGGUCAGUGAUGAUUGCUUACAAUGAUGUAAACAAAUCAUCCUGCAGCCAAAACAGCAAGCUCAUUAAUGGCGUACUCAAAGACGAGCUGGGAUUCCAAGGAUUCGUCGUAACGGAUUGGCUUGCGCACUAUGGAGGGGUCUCGUCUGCGUUGGCGGGCUUGGAUAUGGAUAUGCCCGGGGAUGGUGCCGUUCCACUCUUUGGGAACAGUUACUGGGGCCCUGAGCUAUCACGUUCCAUCCUCAACGGGACUGUUCCUGUUGAGCGACUAAACGAUAUGGUAACUCGUAUCCUGGCAACGUGGUAUAAAAUGGGCCAAGAUCAGGACUACCCGCUUCCCAACUUCUCUAGCAACACAGAGGAUGAAAAAGGUCUUCUCUAUCCGGGCGCCGUUAUUUCUCCCAUCGGUGUCGUGAAUCAGUAUGUGAAUGUUCAGGGAAAUCACAAUAUCACAGCGCGAGCUAUCGCGAGGGACGCCAUCACACUUCUCAAAAACGAAGGGGACUUACUACCCCUGAGACGUAAUGACUCAUUGAAGGUCUUUGGCACAGAUGCUGGUCCUGAUCCUCAAGGCUUAAACUCCUGUGCAGACAAAGGCUGCAAUAGGGGCGUUCUCACUAUGGGGUGGGGCAGCGGCACAUCUAAACUCCCGUAUCUCAUCACACCUCAGGAAGCAAUUGCCAACAUAACCCCUACAGCAGAGUUCUUUAUUACCGAUAGCUUUCCGUCGUCCGUCGAUGCAAACGACGAGGACAUUGCAAUUGUCUUCAUCAAUUCCGACUCCGGCGAAAAUUACAUCACGGUCGACGGCAAUCCGGGAGACCGAAAGACGUCGGGCCUACAUGCAUGGCACAACGGUGAUGAACUUGUCAAAGCCGCAGCUGAGAGAUUCUCUCAGGUCGUCGUCGUGAUUCACACAGUUGGACCUAUAAUCCUCGAAGAAUGGAUUGACCUUGACAGCGUCAAGGCCGUCCUGAUCGCCCAUCUCCCAGGCCAGGAAGCUGGCUACUCUUUGACAGACGUUCUGUUUGGUGACUACAGCCCGAGCGGCCAUCUCCCCUACACAAUUCCUUAUCAAGAAUCAAACUAUCCGUCAAGCGUGGGCCUGCUUCAGCAACCGUUUGGCCAAAUCCAAGACUACUACACAGAAGGCUUAUAUAUCGACUACCGCCAUUUCCUGAAAGAGGAUAUCACACCACGCUACGCCUUUGGUCACGGUCUCUCCUACACAACCUUCGAGUUCUCAGAGCCUGCCCUAUCCGUCGUUACCCCGUUAGACAGCGCGUAUCCACCUUCUCGCCCCGCAAAAGGCCCAACACCCACAUACCCCAAUACUAUCCCUCCCGCCUCCGAAGCAGCCUGGCCAGCCAAGUUUAACCGCAUCUGGCGCUACAUUUACCCAUACCUCAACAACCCGCAAGCUGACGCCGCCGUUGCCAACUCUUCAAAGACAUACCCCUACCCAGACGGAUACAGCACAGACCCACAACCUCCCCCACGAGCCGGUGGCGCAGAAGGCGGCAAUCCUGCUCUCUGGGACGUCGCAUUUUCAGUGCAAGUGACUGUCACCAAUACAGGACAACAUUCUGGCCGUGCUGUUGCGCAACUAUAUGUUGAGCUUCCUGAUUCGCUGGGGCUUGACACGCCGAGUAGGCAGCUGAGACAGUUUGAGAAAACGAAGGUCCUAGAGACCGGACAAAGUGAAACUCUUACAUUGGAAGUUACAAGGAAAGACGUGAGUGUUUGGGAUGUUGAGGUGCAGGAUUGGAAGACUGUUGUUGGUGGAGAAGGGGUGAAGAUUCACAUCGGGGAGAGUGUUCUGGAUAUAAGAACUGAGUGCGAGGUCGGUGGACGGUGCGUUACAUUGUAG